GCCACAGGCAAACUCUCUCCCACAUCCAUCUCUAGCUUGGCUCCGUCCGCUGCACCUCUUCAGAGACAAAGGAGGCCCUCCAUCAACACUCAGGUGAGACACACACCUUGCUUCGCUGUACUUUCUCCUGUGUAUCUGAUGAUGGCUGCCAUGUAAAGUAGUGUAUCAUCUGCGUAACUUGAAAAUCCUCCUAGAGGGUUAAGAUGCUGGGAUGUGGACGCUCAUCGAGAGACUCGGGAAGCAAAACUGUGCGAUUCAUUUGUAGACUUUUACUUUUUUGUUGCUUCUGCUCUCUGAGUUUUUUGAGAUGAGCAUGACAAGAAAUAUAGAUAAAUGAAAUGUGGAAACAAGCAAAGCCAAUAGGGAUUUGUUGCAAAGUCAUAUCAUGAAAUAACAAUAUAAUGGCAUUAGUAUAUUUCACAUAUUAAUGCCACAUUAUUAUUAUUCACGUGUGUAUAGAUAAUAUAAGCAUGACAUGGACUUAGCCUUUAUUUACAUGUACUGUCAUUGAGCAUCCCUCUUUUGUUCAUUGACAUAGUGCAUAUGCAUUAUUACCAUACUCAAUAUUGUGUUACUGUUGGCAUUUUUUGUCUCCAUGGUUUCCCAUUGUGUUGCGUCAGCCAGUGAGACUAAUGACCCCUAUAGAUUUUCCAGUUAUCCAGCUUUGGUGUCCGCUCGCCUCCUCUUUUGUCUCGGCCGCCUACAUCUCUGACCUCUGCGGCACGAUGCACGGCAGCAUGACGAGAGGCAAUAACCGGUGACUGGCAUGAGCAUCCCCGUCUCCUGUUGUAACAGCUGAUUGGUUAAUGAAUCAUGCACGGAGGGAAGGAGGGGAUUGACUGACGGAUUGGAUGAUUCCCUCUGUUUAUGUUUUGUGUGUGUGGUUGUGGAUUAAGCUCCAAAUAAUGCUGCAGACUUUUAAUUUGGAACUUGAGGUUUUAAGCUGAAGUUUCUUAGGUUUCUUGAGCGUGGAAGUGAAUGAGCGCAGUUAUCCGUACGCACACAUUAGUGUGCACGCCAGCACCUCAGGUUGCUCGGGCCUGUAGAUUUUGAAUGUGACUUUUAUGUUUCACUUCUGUUUUUUCGAAAAAUUUAAAUGACAAAGCUUUUGUGGAAUCAGACAGAGAAGAUUUUUACAGGGAACCUCUCACCAAUGCACAACGCUCAUCAAUACUAUUAAAACAGCUCAACUGUUCAAAGUACAGUUUUCAUGCAGCAGGUGGUGACACGAAGGUGCAUUUAUUGUUCCCACUCAAACUCUGCAUUGUUGACAGUGACUUGUCUGUGUCUGUGUGUGCACAGUCUCUCCAGAGUCCAGCAGAGAAGCACCACCAUGCCGGACACAAUCAUGUCCAAGGAGCCCAGUUCCAACCUGGAGAGUGCCAUGCAGAUGCUCAUAAAGACCUUCCACAAGUACUCGGGGAAGGAGGGCGACAAGUACACACUGAGUCGGGGCGAGCUGAAGGAGCUGCUAGUAGAGGAGCUGGGGAGCUACUUAGGGAGCUCCAAAGAUAAUGAAGGAGUCGAGAAGGUGAUGAACGACUUGGACGCCAACAACGACGGGGAGGUGGACUUCACCGAGUUCAUCAUCCUGAUGGGCGCCCUCACGGUCGCCUGCAACGACUUCUUCCUGGAGUACAAAACAGACGAGAAGCCGAAAGAGUCGGCGGAGAAGAAAGAUUGAAGCCGUGCAAGAGGAGAAGAGUGGAGGGAGGGAGAGGGGUGGAAGGGAAGUGGGGGAGAAGAAGAGAGGGAGGUAGAUGAGGAGGAGGAGGGGAGAGAGCUGUAAAUCAGGAGACAUAGAGGACAGAGUUGGAAUGGAUAUUUGUCUUGUGCAAUUCGUAAACACUCCGGCUACACAUAAGGGAAGCGUUCCAGCAGAUAGUUUGUGGGUUCACAGAGCACGGGGGCAUUCAGCAGGAGUAGAGUGUUUUUCCCUGCAACACUGUUUCAUACCAAAAGCACAUCCGGAGCUUGUUUCACAUGCAGCACGAGGAAUAUUCCAACUUCUUCCAGCUCACAUCCAGCAGCAGUUUAGACAGUUUCUUGCAUGUUCUGAAUAAAGGCACUGGGGGGGGGGAAGAGGACGUUUUGUUGCAGAACGCACACUGGGCUUGUUUGAGCAUUUCUUGCACAUGAAUAACUUCUGAUCACAUAUAAAUAUAAAUUAAAGAUGAUCAUAUCGUUGUAUGUACUCAGUGUUUUAACAACAGAAUAUGAAUUACCCACUUUCCUGCACCUAUUUUGUAAUCUUUUUUGGGGUAAUAACUAAUGCAUUCUUCA